AUGAUCCAGCACAACGAGGUCACUGUGCUUUGGUGUCAGAGGGACACCGAGAAAAUGCGGCUUCAUCGUUUUCUGCUCCAGCUCUGGCCCUCAAAGCUACAUGUGCACACGUGUGCGUGUGUGUGUGUGUGUGUGUGUGUGUGUGUGUGUGUGUGUGUGUGUGUGUGUGUGUGUGUGUGUGUGUGUGUGUGUGUGUGUGUGUGUGUGUGUGUGUGUGUGUGUGUGUGUGUGUGUGUGUGUGUGUGUGUGUGUGUGUGUGUGUGUGUGUGUGUGUGUGUGUGUGUGUGUGUGUGUGUGUGUGUGUGUGUGUGA